AUGGAACUCUCGCGCCUCUUUGUUUCGGACACAUGCUUCUUCUCCCCUCCGAUUCGCUAUUCUCCUUCGCCGGCGCUAUCCACCUUCUUCACCGUACGCCUCCGCAUUAACCGCCGCCGGAGGAGAAGCUUUUGUUUCGCCUCUAACCAUGACACUUUAAUCGCCGGCGGAGGUCCUGUCGUCGCCGGCGCCGGAGAGAAGCACGAGGAGGACCUGAAAUCUUGGAUGCACAAACACGGCCUCCCUCCGUGCAAGGUUGUUCUGAAGGAUAAACCUUGCCACAAUGAUCCCCAUAAGCCUAUACAUUACGUUGCAGCAAGUCAAGAUCUUGAGGUUGGCGAUGUUGCAUUCUCCGUCCCUAAUUCCUUGGUGGUUACUCUGGAGAGGGUAUUGGGAAACGAGACUGUUGCUGAGCUAUUGACAACAAAUAAAUUGUCCGAAUUGGCGUGCUUGGCAUUGUAUCUGAUGUAUGAGAAAAAACAGGGGAAGAAAUCAUUCUGGUAUCCAUACAUCAGGGAGCUUGAUCGUCAACGAGGUAGGGGUCAGCUGUCAGUGGAAUCACCUCUUCUAUGGUCAAAAUCUGAGCUGAAUUACCUGUCAGGAAGUCCAAUUAAGGAUGAAGUUAUUCAAAGGGAAGAAGCAAUACGAAAAGAGUAUAACGAACUUGACACAGUUUGGUUCAUGGCAGGUUCUCUGUUUCAGCAAUAUCCAUAUGACAUUCCUACUGAGGCUUUUUCAUUUGAGAUUUUCAAACAAGCCUUUGCCGCUAUUCAGUCUUGUGUGGUGCAUUUACAGAAAGUUAGUUUAGCUCGGAGAUUUGCUUUAGUUCCCAUGGGACCUCCUUUACUGUCCUACCAAAGUAACUGCAAGGCAAUGUUAACUGCUGUUGAUGGCGCUGUUGAGCUUGCAGUUGAUCGCCCAUAUAAAGCUGGGGACCCAAUUGUUGUCUGGUGUGGCCCACAACCUAACUCAAAGUUACUUAUAAACUAUGGUUUUGUUGAUGAAAAUAAUACCAAUGAUCGUCUAAUCGUUGAGGCAGCUUUAAAUACUGAAGAUCCACAAUAUCAAGAUAAAAGAAUGCUGGCUCAAAGAAAUGGAAAGUUAUCCGUUCAAGUUUUUCGUGUAUAUGCUGGGAAGGAAAGGGAAGCUAUCUUAGAUAUGCUUCCUUAUCUACGCUUGGGUUAUGUUUCAGAUUCUUCUGAGAUGCAAUCUGUCAUCUCCUCCCAAGGUCCAGUGUGUCCGGUAAGCCCUUGUAUGGAACGGGCUGUGUUGGACCAGCUGGUGGAUUAUUUCAAGAAUCGGCUGGCUGGCUACCCUACAACAUUGGCUGAAGAUGAAUUUAUGCUGACUGAUGGUAAUCUGAAUCCAAAGAAGCGAGUAGCAACCCAAUAUGUUCGGCUGGAAAAAAAAAUGCUUCAUGCCUGUUUGCAGGCAACUACUUACUUCAUAAACCAGCUUCCAGAUCACAGUAUAUCUCCCUGCCCUGCUCCCUAUGCACCUUUGUUAAAAUGA